AUGGCCUGGUACUCUAUCCUUCCGCCGGAAUUGAUCUACGUCGAGAGCUGGGCUGCGCGCUUCUUUGUCAUUCUCGGGAUAAUCACCAUCUUUCCCUGGGCGGUUCUUCUCCUCUUCGACGUGAGUCUGUAUUUGUGGCGGACAGUGGGAUAUGAAUUCCCCGUGGUGGGAGGUCGCGCGCGAGGGAUGCAACGACCUCGCGCACCCAGCUUGAACGAGAGGCCCGACGGCCAACGACGAGCCUUCGGUCUGGCAGGAUAUGAAGACAUCAGCACGGCGACGAAACUAGAUGCUGCGGAGAGGCCGGUGAAGCGGAGGACUCCGACCGAUAGAACGGAGGGUUAA